UCAAACCGAAAGUAAAAGAAGCCUAUAUAAACCCGCACACAAUCACAGCUUCCUCACACAACCAGCCCGAGCCUCAGCCUCCGGACCUUUAUUUCCAAUAAAUACAGACACCUUAACCUGCACUUUAAAAAAAAAAAAAUGGGCGUCUUCUUCUCGAACCUUUUCUCGCGUCUCUUCGAGAAGAAAGAGAUGAGGUUGCUUAUGGUUGGUCUGGAUGCAGCAGGGAAAACAACAGUGCUCUACAAACUCAAACUCGGUGAAGUGGUCACAACUAUUCCAACUCUAGGUUUUAAUGUUGAGACAGUUGAAUAUAGAAACAUCUCCUUCACCGUGUGGGACGUCGGCGGUCAGGACGUUAUCAGACGCCUCUGGAGACAUUACUAUCAGAACACUAAGGGCUUGAUCUUUGUGGUGGACAGCAGUGAUCAUGACCGGAUUGAAACAGCAGCAGAGGAACUAAACGCGAUGCUGGCGGAGGACGAGAUGAGAGACGCGGUUCUGUUAGUUCUUGCUAACAAGCAGGAUUUACCCAAAGCCAUGCCGGUCCACGAGCUGACAGACAGACUGGGUUUACACGCACUGAGAGGACGACAGUGGUUUGUUCAGGCCACAUGUGCGGUUCAAGGGUCAGGUUUAUAUGAAGGACUGGAUUGGCUCUCAGAUCAACUGUCCAGACGAUAAAACACUGCUGCGUUCAAACUACUUGAAGAAAGGACACUAACUCAGAACUGAAUGUAUAUAUUAUGUCCAACUUAUCUUGAAAUAUUUAUGGAAUAUUCUUCUACAUCUUCAUUUAUAAUUCCAUCUCAGUACUCUCGGAUUAAUUUUAUAAUAUAUAUAAAACAAUGUUUGGUCUGU